AUGCAGGUCGAAGACGAAUCUGUACGACCGCCGCCUUCGAGUCAAGGACUGAAGAGAAGAGCGUCGUCAUCAUUCGAGGGUCUACCGGACGAUACCAGUCGGAAGCGAGUCAAAGGAGACAAUCGGAACGUAGAGGCGGAUGUGGUCCAUUCGUCUAAUGCGACAUCCAGCCAAGCUGUCACCAUUGACGGUGCUACCUUUGUUGAUGAAUUAGCACAAGAGCUACAGUGUGGUUGCUGUUCCGAACUCUUGUACAGGCCGGUCAUCGUAUCUCCCUGCCAACAUUUCUUCUGUGGAAGUUGUUGUAUGCUCUGGAUCCGGAAUGGCGGCACCAACUGCCCAGCAUGUCGCGGAGUUUCUAGUAUCGUAACGCCCUCCCGACCAUUGCAGACAGUUAUAGACGUCCUACUUCGUGCUGCACCGAGCAAAGUGCGCUCAGAACGUGAGCGCCAACAGGCAGAUGAAAUAUACAGUACCGGAACAUCCAUGCGUAUUCCUCCUCCACGCGAAGCGUCUCCAGAACCGAACCUCAACCAGAGCGACUAUGCACGUCCAUGCCCACAUUGCACACCAGGAAACAUGUUUGGCUACACUUGCCCUCAGCCAGUUCCAGAUCCUGAUACAGACGCUGAGCAUGCAUGGCACUUGGAUGAGGGUACGCCUCCGGGCCACGCCAAUUGUGGGAACUGUGAGAACCUACUCGCACUGCAAGCUCCUACGACCACCAAAUGCGACUUUUGUCAAGUAUCUUUUUGUGGAAUCGGAGUACCGGGACGAUGCAUUGCAACAUCCUUGGCCGUGCAACAAUUACAUUCAAUGGCAGAUCUUACCGACUUUGUCCAAUCACCCGAAGUUUAUGAAUGCUUCAACGACAACCAUAUUGAAGUUGACAUCAUGUUGGAUUACCUUGCCAUUCGCAGAAUAAUGCCGAAGAACAUAUACCGUGAUAUCGUCACUCAUAUUCAAUUACAGCCGCAUGGAUUUCAGCCAUUAUUAAAGCUAGAACUUUUCAGGGAUGUUCACCCGGUGGUCGCAGGGACAGAUCCUGAUCCGGCAGCUCCGCGCCAGAAAAUCUGCAGAGCUUGUGCGACGGAGGUUUUAUUGUGGGGUCUGAAGGACUGGUGGGUACGAGAAAGACAGAAGGGCAUUGCAGAGGGCCACAUCUCCAGCAGGGAAGACUGCCCCGAAGGUAGUCAGUGCUUUCGUCAGACGGACGUUGGUAAGUAA